AUGUUAACGAUCUCACCAAAUGGUUUUGUUAACGUGACCGCUUUGCACUCUGAAUUACAAUUACACAGACUCGAUGACGUGAAGGCGGUGACGAACACGCUAGUGAGACAGGCCAAGGAGCAUAAAUCCCAAGACAAUAUCACAGUUAUCGUGGUGUUCCUGAAGGACCCGCGUGACAUUGCCGCUGACUGCCCGCCCAUGGACCUUGGGCUGGAGAACGCGGUGGUAAAUCCACCACCGUUUGUAGUGGAGAAUGAGGCUUGUAAGGUAUUAGAGGGUGGUGGGUGUAUACCAGACAACGGGGUCUCUGAUAGUGACAGUGACGACCUCGGUCCGGAGACGGCUGUGGACCAAGACUUGGACAUGGAAGAGAACCAGGAGCAAGCCGCGCCUGUAGAAACACAACACACGGUGGAUUCGAGCCACGUUGAUGGCAACUUGGUGGAUAAUGUAGCUGAGAGUGGCGAGGAGUCCGAAGACGAGUGGAAUUACUAUAAAGGAGAAGGCGAACACGAGCGUGAACAAAUUACCAGCGAAGAGGACCGAGAAAUACCUCGUUCAGAAACACCUUGUCAGGAUAAUUCUACGUGGGAGAGCAGUUCCGCAGACAUGAACAGUUCUCCUUUGAACCCUGAUGCGCCAGUGUUUGUCCCCGGCGGUGUGGCCGGAUCGGAUGUUCUACUGGCCGAGUCACCUCGCAAACCUCUACCCAUAGAUGACAUAGAACUUGUUGAUGAACAACAGUUUCAAACCGAAGCUGUUAUUAGACCGGCUGAACUACAAGACUGUGAACUUAAUGGACAUCAUAAUAUUUCUAUGGAGGGUGUCAUAGAACACGCAAACGGCGACAAAAAUGAAAUGGAUAGCAUGGGCUUUGGUUUUAAUGUGGGAAUAGACCAGAAGCAAAAUGAAACAAUUUUCACACAAGAGUUUGAGAGGAUACAGAAGGAUACUACAGAUUUCUGCAAUAUCCAGGUAUUCCAAGCCCACACAGAGUCAAAUCCAUUUAGCGAUCAUGGAGAUGAUGAACUGUUUGAAAGACUGAAGAAUAAAGAAAGGGAUCCAAUGAGCAUGAGCUUCUAUCAGGAGAAGGAUGAUGACACCUGUGAAAGAUUCGGGAAAAUUGAAUCUAAUGUUGAUCUGAAUGCUGUCCAACCUCUCCCUGAAAGUGACGAGGAAGAUAUUCAGCAAAAUGGAAUAUGCCUUGUUAAAAAUGAAAAGGAUAAAGAAAAUUUGUGCCCCGACGAGAAAUCUGAUCUGUUUAGUCUUAAUGAAAAUUUGGAUGAACCAAAUAAUGAUAUUUUAAGAUUUGAUGAUAGAUCAGACAUUGUAGCGAAUAAUGUUCAAAAUUUAGGUAAUUUUGUUGACUUUACUAUCAAUAAUACCAAUAAUAUGCAAGGUUACAACACAGAAUAUGACUGCAUUAAUCAACAAGAAACAGUUGCUCAAACAGACACGCCAGAAUCUCAUAAACUUCUCUUUGAGCAAAUUCCCGAAAUACCAGAUGGUAAGAGUUCAGAAUUAGGUUUUAAUAACGAAGAUUUGUUAGAUCCGUCUGAAAGCGAAAGUAACGUCAGAGCAAUUACACCACAAGAAGAAGACUUGUCCCAGGACGUAGAACUAGAUCUUAAACUUGACGAUAACAGUACUGGUCAAGAGAAGGAGUGUUCAGCUGAAAUUCCAGAAAUCAAACUUGAAGCAGAUGAUAACUUUGAAGUUGUGGAUAAUUUGAAAUCACAAUCUCUAAACGCGUCGCCUUCUCCUGUGCCUAGUGAAUCGCCUUUGCCUAAUGAAUCGAGUACAUUCCAAGCAGAGUUCUCAUCACACCAAGAAACGUCAGUACCCCAAGAGUUAUCGUCGCCACGACAAUCCCCGAUGCCGCAAGAGCGCUCUCUGUUUGGAGAAUCUCCUUUGCCGCAAACGUCUCCGAUUCCGCAGGAGACUUCUUUGUUUGGAGAAUCUCCUCUGCCUCAAAAAUCUCCGAUUCCGCAAGAGUCUUCUCUGUUAAGAGAGUCUCCUUUGCCGCGAGAGUCUCCUGUUCCCAGUGAGUCUCCUGUAAUGCAGGAGCCCAUCAUGCAGCGACAGUCUCCAAUGCCUUGCGAGUCUCCUGUACACCAAGAAUCUUUGCCUCGUGAAUCUCCACUAAUUCCAGAAUCUUCGCCGAUUUGUUCCCCAUUGCCUCAAGACAAUUUACAGCCCGAAUCUCCUGCGCCACGAGAAUCUGUACCAAGUGACUCCCCAGUGCCUCAAGAAAUUCAACAGCGUGAGUCUCCUAUGCCGCAAGAAUCUUCACUGCCAGUUUCCCCAUUACCGACAGAAAAAUUAACGCUCGAGUCCCCAGUGCCACAAGAAUCCCUACUAAAUGAGUCACCUGUGCCACAGGAAUCAUUACAGCAAGAGUCUAUAUUACCAGAAGAAUCUUUACUCCGCCAAUCUCCACUUCCGCAAGAAUCCUUACCGUGUGAAUCCCCAAUACAACAAGAACCUACAUUGAAGUGUGAAUCACCAUUACCAACUGAAAUUCUUGUUCCAACAGAUGUCAAACCGGUAACAUCGCCGUUGCCUACUGAAUCUAAUGAACCUUUCGAAGAAAUGGAAACUCCCAUUACAUCUUUGAAAGAAAAUGAAAACCUUUUACCAGUGGAGUCUCCCGAACCAACAAAGUCGCCAAUGCCUUCACAAUCCCCUGUAGAAGCACUAUCACCAGUUCCACAGGAUGAAAGACAACCCGAACCUGCAGAGAUUCCAUUACCAAGAGAAUCUCCUUUGCUGUCAGAGUCUCCAGUUCCGGAGGAGCCCGUUAAGGAUUUGUUAGUUAGUGAAGAUACACAAAAUGCUACAUCUGAGAAGAUGACUGAUAUCCAAGAGAGUUCCGAAAUGUUUGAGGUAAAGGAUGAAUUAAAUACUGAUAACGUGACAGAAAAUAUUUCACCUAUUCCAGAUGAAGUUGAAAAAUUGGACAAACAAGAUGACAUUUUAAGUAAAUCACCUCAACUUGAGCAAAAAGUAGAAGAAUCGCUUCUCUCUUCCUUCGAAUGUAAAGAAACACAUAAAGAAGAACAAGAAGUGGUUCUCUCACCUGAACCAGUGUCGGAUGUACAUGAAAACGAUGUUUUGAAGGCAGAGGAUCCGGCACUCUUUGAUAAGGAUAACGCACAGAGUGAAGUACCUCUUGAAGCUUCAACCUUUUCUCAAAACGAGUCCAUCGUACCUUCACAAAAUGUGGAAUUAAUAGAAGAAAAAUCUGCGCCCUCCCCAGUCCCAGCUGUGCCCGCGCCUGAAACAGACUACUCUAGACUUACACCCGAAAUGGCGCAGGAAGCAUUCGAUCUUGAACCGAGUGAGCAUGCGCCGGUGCAGGCUCCCAUAACCGAAACGAGCGCGCCCGCCCCUGACCUGCUGCCGGACGAGCGACCACGAGCUGAACUCGUCACGGACAUCGACAUCGGCAUACCGGAGUCACACGCGCAGGAGAUAUGUGUGGCCGUGACCAACGAGAUCCAGGCCGAGGAGACGACCCGGCCCGCCGCCACGCCGCCGCCCACGCCAGCCGUCGAGCCUCCCCAGACCGAGCUCGGAGCCGCUCCCAUCGCCGCAGCAACGGCGGCGGUUGCAGCUGCUGCCGCCGCCACCGCCGUCGCCGCAGCCAAGACCUCGCCUACCAAAAAAUCGCCCACGACACCCACACCGAAGACCGAUUCGCGCACUCCCAAGACCGCUUCCAAAACAACGGCUGCUCGAACAUCCGUCUCCGCGACCAAAAAGCUCGCCCCGACUCCGUCUACGACAACACCCCGUUCCCCUGCCCCACGCACUCCCGUCGCCGCCGCCAAGGCGUCUCCGGCCCCACGACCUUCCCCCCGGCCAGCGUCCGCAUCCAAGCCCUCGACGAAACCCGCAGCACCAUCAGCUGCGCGACCCGCCGCGUCAUCGACUGCCCGUACCGCCGCGCCCGCUGCAGCCAAGGCGGCCGCCCCGGCUCGCUCGGCUGUGCCUCCGCGCCCCGCUGCUAAGGCACCUGCUACGAAACCCGCAGCCCCCAAGCCCGCACCUCCGAAACCUGCCGCUGCCGCGAAAACGCUCGCUCCUCGUCCGGCGUCGACGACUGCCCCCGCAGCCAAACCAAAAGAAACUAAACCUAAAGCGCCGCCCGCGAAACCAUUGACGAACGGAGACGUGAAGCCCGCUGCCCGCGCGACUACCGCCCGGCCGUCAGCGGCGCCGGCGGCCCGGCCGGCGCCAGCUGCCCGCCCCGCCCCGCGCCCUGCACCGCGCCCCGCAGCGCCUGCGCCGAUAGCCGCCCCUCCUGUCAAGCCUGCGUCGAUAGCCGCCGCUCCUCUCAAGUCUGCAGCGCCCAAGCCGGCGGCCCGCGUUCCCCUGGACAAACAGAGUAAAGAUCUCGCCAAUAAACGUAUAACUGCUAAAGCGGCACCGCCGAGGACUGCCACCGCUAAGGCUCCCAGUGGUGUGAAGAGCGUUCCCCGCGCCGUCAAGAAGUCCGUGGACAACAAGAAGGCGUCCCCCGAGCCGGCCGUCAACGGCGUGUCCCUGAAGGCGCCCCCCAGCCCGCCGCCGGCCGACACGCUGCUGCCUGACGUCAUCGCGUAG